AUGAGGCCCUGGAGCCCCUUGAGCCGCGAAUUCUGGGCGCCCGGUAAGGGCAAGGAGCUGGCGACGAAGUACGAGAAAACGAUCCUAUUGAUCUCGCUGCUGUACAUCCCCGCAGUGCUCGUGUUGCAGAAGGUGAUGAGGAGGCGGAAGGAGAUAGAGGCGAAGGCGCUGAAGGUCGCAUGGAACGUGUGCCUGUCGGUGUUGUCCCUCAUAGGAGUGCUUCUGAUCCUUAUAUAUGACCCAAAUGUGCUAAGGAGUAUAAUCCUAGAGGAGACAGAGUACAGACCGGAAACGAGGGCAGUCAUCAGCAUUUUCACGCUGACAAAAGUAGUGGAAUAUGGAGACACAGUAUUCUUAAUUUUAAAAAAAAAAGAAUUAACAUUUUUACACUGCUACCAUCACCUAAGUGUAGUUAUAUAUUGUCUGUAUUCUCAGAAGGAGUUAGUUUCUCACGCGCAUUACUUUGUCUUCCUGAACUUAGUGGUCCACUCGAUCAUGUAUUUUUAUUUUGGCUUUAUUUACAUUGUGCCAAAAGUUCUGUACAAAGUCAGGCAAUUUAUAACAUGUUUGCAAAUACUUCAGAUGUUCAUUGGCAUUUAUAUUUCCUACUAUGCUAUAAAAAAUGUGGAGAAUCAAGUUUACGUCAAGAAUGCAAUUGCGAGCUUGGCUUUAUAUUUGACAUAUGCCAUUUUGUUUUUAAAAUUUUACUUCAAAAAUUACUGCAAGAAUGUAAAAAGCAACGUGGCUACGUACAUGAUCAGUGUGCACAUAUUGGGACUGAUCGGACUUAUAAUGCUGUGUACAAGUAACGACACGCUAAGGUUAUUCAUUGAAGUUUCCAUUGGAUGUGUCUUCACCUUAACGUUGCUCAGUUGCUCCUUCCAUUUUAACACACAUUAUUGUCACCUCUGGAAGAACAAAAUAGGGGAAACGAACUUUUUUGAGCAAACGGACUUACUUAACAGUUAUAAGGCAAAGUACUUUUCCAAAAUGGCAUUUUUGAAAAAAAUGACGAUACAUAUAAUUAAAACAUUCCUCCUUUGCUUUAACGGUCUCGCAACCUACGCGCAUGACACAAUAUUCCUUUUUGUAAAUUUCUACUCGGAGAGACUUAAGAGGAUUGCUCACGAGUCGGCUGCGUUGGACAAGAAGGGGCAUUCACUCACCGCGGGGCGUCAUGUGGGUGGAAAAUCCGCCACAGUGAGGGGCGUAGCGAAUGACGAAGCGAAAUACCUAGUAGAUGCGGCGAAACCGACCGUGGAUGCCCCUAACCGAAGAGACAACAAAUCGAACAAAAUUUUCUUCCUCAUUAAAGACCUUUACAACAGAUCGAUAAUCUCCUACAUCAUAUACAAGUCACCCAUCGAGAGCAUUGCCAAAAAUUUGGAGUCCAUUUCACCUGACCAGUCAGCAAGGAAAUCGCUCCAAUUUACGAUUCUUAGCAUGGCCAAGCAGGUGAUACAGAAUUACCUUCUCUACAUUGUCUGUUUGAUUCUCCCUAUAUAUUACGGACUGCGCGUGUACAACGACGCGCUGCUGGGCCUGUGCGUGCACGGCGCGCUCAGGUGGCUCAUCGAAAUUUACUCCACCAAAAUUUUUAAAAAGUCACAGAAGCUGCAUGGACAUUGA